CAUCAUGUUUUACCACAUCUCCUUGGAUCAUGAGAUUAUGCUCCAUCCCCGAUAUUUUGGGCCGCAGCUCCUCGAGACGGUCAAGACCAAGUUGUUCACGGAAGUGGAAGGCACGUGUACCGGAAAAUACGGCUUCGUCAUCGCUGUGACCACAGUUGACGCCAUUGGCGCCGGUUUGAUUCAGCCAGGUCAGGGGUUUGUGGUGUAUCCCAUCAAGUACAAAGCCAUCGUGUUCCGGCCUUUCAAGGGCGAAGUUCUUGACGCCGUAGUCACACAAGUCAACAAAGUCGGGCUCUUCACGGAGAUUGGGCCGCUCUCCUGCUUCAUUUCCCGCCAUUCUAUUCCGGCCGACAUGAGCUUCGAUCCCAAUUCCAACCCGCCAUGCUACAAGACACAAGACGAGGAUAUGGUCAUUCAACAGGAUGAUGAGAUUCGACUCAAGAUUGUGGGCACCAGGGUGGAUGCCUCGGACAUUUUUGCCAUUGGCACACUUAUGGACGAUUAUUUGGGUCUGGUGUCGUAAUAGGCCAGUAAUAAUAUGAGUUACAAUGUUAUUUUGUGAAUAGCGAAUAUUUGUGUGAAACUAUAA